CGAUAUCAUCGCUUCUUGAUCAUAUGCGGUCUCUCAAGAUGGCAUAAUGGCAUCGCCUCAUAUUUCCAGAGGAUUCCCAGGUCGUAUGAUUCUGGCAAAAAUAAGCCUUCUUCCUUCUCACCCCCCAACAGGCUUCUCUGCCAAGAAAUGCGACGAGUGAGCUAUCCGCCGCAAUCAUGGAGUCAGAUAAAAUGAUCCAAAACCCAGCGUCUCCCACAAACGAAGAUUAUCGUCCACCUCUACCGCCUCGGCCGUCAACGAGCGCUACCGACACAGCCUCUCUGCAAGCUCAUGCUACCACGGCAAUAACUCCUGUUGAAAUACAGACGCUCUCUUUUCCUGAUGGAUCUCGGGGAACAUUUCCCACUCCUGGGCCCGACUCACUCCCAAGCCCCGCCGAGGGUGAUCAUGCUUCCCCAAAUCGACAGGAGAGUAGUGGCAGCGGUGAGGCAGACGAGACUGCUAGCAUCAUGAGUUUUGCACCAACAAUGCGACCUGCUGGCGACAUCGCAAGUCUACUUACUGGUGAACUACAUAAGAAGAGUCCAGCUUGGAAGAUGCUGCGAACUCAGUCGGCCACCGUUCUUCCUUUCGAGAAAAGCAGAAUAGGCGCAAACGAUCAGUUCGCUGAGUUUCACCAUGAGUUCAAUCCUCUACCAGAGGAUUACGACGAAGAUGUUGAGUCUGGCAUUUUGCAUCUCUGGAAGUCGAAACUGAAGCAUUAUCUGAUUCUUUCAUCAGCCGGAAAGCCAAUUUGGAGCCGCUAUGGAGAUCUGAGUCUGAUAAACUCCUCUAUGGGCGUUGUUCAAACCAUUAUUUCAUUCUAUGAAGGUGCCAUGAAUCCCCUCCAGGCCUUUUCUGCUGGGGAUACUCGUUUUGUCAUCUUGACCAAAGGCCCGCUCUACUUUGUCGCUAUUAGCAAGCUGGGCGAAAGCGACUCGCAGAUACAGGCACAAUUGGAUGCGCUAUAUAUGCAAAUCUUGUCAACACUAACCUUGCCCAGACUAACUCAUAUUUUUGCGAACCGACCGUCAGCCGACUUACGAAAGCCUCUCGAAGGGACUGAGGGUCUUCUGUCUUCUCUGGCUGAUACGUUCACAAAGGGAUCUGCUUCGGCUUUGCUUGGAUCUCUGGAAUGUCUCCGGCUUCGGAAGUCUCAGCGGCAUGCAAUCAACAAUACUUUCCUGAAAUUGCGUACAGACAAGUUGCUGUAUGGUCUAAUUGUGGCUGGUGGGAAACUUGUCAGCGUCAUUCGGCCUCGUCGACAUUCACUUCAUCCUAGCGACCUGCAACUUAUUUUCAACAUGCUCUUCGAGAGCGACGGCAUCAAGGGUGGUGGUGGAGAGAACUGGAUCCCCAUUUGCCUCCCCGCUUUCAACAACAAAGGUUAUCUGUACAUGUACGUCAGUUUCUUUGACGGCACUACUGGGGAUCAAGCUAGUUCUCCUGCAGCGGCACAAGGGCGCUCGUCAGGAGAAGAAAUCGCAAUGAUUCUCGUAAGCACUGAUCGCGAGAGUUUCUUCGAGUUGAAGCAGAUGCGGGACAACGUCGCCCAGCAGCUUGCUAAAAACGGGACAUUGGCUAUUAUUCAGAACGCCACCCGUCUCGGUCGACCAAAAAUACACGAAAUUGCCCCUGGGAGUCAAGUCAGUCACUUCCUUUACAAGUCGCGGGCCAAUGUACAAUUCUGCAUGGCGUCAUUGGAGCCGCACUUCACUGGUCUAGUUAAUCGCAGGAGAUUGAUGACGGUGUACCAUGAGCUUCAUGCAUCCAUUCACGCCAAACAUUCACAUCUCAAAGUUCUGCACGCUGUCGGAGAUGAUGCAACUUCACUGGCCUGGACCACACCUGUGUUUGAGUUUUACUGUGUUGCUGGACCUAAUGUGUCGAGAGCGACCAUUACACAAGGAGCGAACAAGAUUAUCCAGUGGGCCAAAAGGGAAGAAGAACGCCUUUUCAUCAUUGGCGGUGGUGUAUUCUGAGGACAUGCCUCCUAUUGAGGUCUGGUUCCUCGAUAAUCCUAAAAUCCAAGACCCUUGGUCUUGCAAUCGGUCAUCUCAUAGAGCCGAGCAGAAACAAAGUGCCUCCUAACGCCGACAUUAUUCGUUACUAGCCUUCCCACUUCAUUAAUAAUUAAGAUAAGGUCGUCCUUGGGGCCAUCCUUGGAGUUGGACCGCGUGCGUACAGCUCCCCAUGAUCUCUUUGCCCACUCCAGGAUGCGAUCAUUGACCUUUGACCGACGCUUGGUCUCUGAUUCCCAGGAGGCAUUGCGAUGUUGAAGGGGUGACGGUCGGUCACCAUCACAGCCAAAACUGUUACGGCUAGUUGUGCCAGUUGAAGGAAAACUCAUGGUGUCGGUUGCGAGAGUUGUUCUCGAGGCGUUCAUGAUGUCCAACGAGAAGGGUGCAUCGAAGUCUUCAUGAAAUCGGGGGCUGCGUAUUGACGGGCUUUGAAGUGAUGACCCAGGUCGUUGAGAUUCAUAGGGAUCCCGAGCUGGGAGCGGGAGAGUGAGGACGGGCCUUCGAUCCGUCAUUGUGGGCGAGACAAACUGAAUCCGGUACUGAGUGUGUGGUGUGGUGAGACUCUGUGUUGGAAGGUGUCGAUGUUGACACUGUUAUAAGAAAUGAACCACGUCGGCUGAGGAUCGGGGAUAAGAAUUAGAAACUUUUGCUUACCCUCCAAGCUUAGAGCUGAAGGUAGGACGUUGUCUAUCGCUGGUGCUUUGUUGACUUUCUAGAGCCGGGCGAGAAGGCAAAGGGUUCCCUUUUGUUCAAAUUCAAAGGCCCGUUAAACAUGUGCAUCCGAUAUUAGCUUGAGUUCAAACAAGUCCAAGUGUGCGAUAGACCCCUGACUAGGCUUGGACAAGCAAUCAUGGAGCCAACCAAGUGGGCUUCACAAACUGCGGGGAUGAUACGGUGACCAGUUGAAUGACAGAGAUUGCCAGGCUCUGCCGGCUAGAGUCGCCCACAAGGACGGAAAAUCUUGAAGGGUGGCCGAGGCAUUUGAGUUGUGAUAGAGCCCACACACCAAGAGUAACAAUAGAAACAUCAAACUUUCCACCAACAUUUUAGGCUUAAAUCUGAAGAAACAGAUGAUCCUUUCUAUGACGGUGCCUUG